AUGACUGCCGAGAGCGGGCCGCCGCCGCCGCCACAACCGGAGGCACUGGCGGCCGUGAAAGAGGAGCGAGGCGAGGCGGCUGCGGGAACCGGGAUCCCGGCGGAGGGCGCGGGCCGCGGUGCGGGUGGGCGACGGCGCAAGCGCCCCCUGCAGCGCGGGAAGCCUCCCUACAGCUACAUCGCACUCAUAGCCAUGGCCAUCGCGCACGCGCCCGAGCGCCGCCUCACGCUGGGUGGCAUCUACAAGUUCAUCACCGAACGCUUCCCCUUCUACCGCGACAACCCCAAGAAAUGGCAGAACAGCAUCCGCCACAACCUGACACUCAACGACUGUUUCCUCAAGAUCCCACGCGAGGCCGGCCGCCCUGGCAAGGGCAACUACUGGGCGCUCGACCCUAACGCCGAAGACAUGUUCGAAAGCGGCAGCUUUCUACGCCGCCGCAAGCGCUUCAAGCGCUCGGACCUCUCCACCUACCCCGCUUACAUGCACGACGCAGCGGCCGCCGCAGCAGCAGCAGCCGCCGCCGCCGCCGCCAUCUUCCCGGGCGCAGUGCCCACUGCGCGUCCGCCUUACCCGGGCGCUGUCUACGCGGGCUAUGCGCCCCCGCCACUUGCCGCGCCGCCCCCGGUCUACUACCCGGCGGCGUCUCCGGGCCCGUGCCGCGUCUUCGGCCUGAUGCCCGAGCGGCCACUCAGCCCCGAACUCGGUCCCGCGCCGUCGGGGUCCGCCGGGUCGUGCGCUUUUGCCUCGGCUGGAGGCCCCGCCACGACCACCGGCUAUCAGCCCGCAGGUUGCGCUGGGACUCGACAGACCAACCCUUCGGCCUACGCGGCCGCCUACGCCGGCCCUGACGGCGCGUACCCGCAGGGUGCGGGCAGCGCGCUCUUCGCCGCAACCACCCGCCUGUCGGGGCCCGGCUCGCCCCCCGCGGGUGGCGGCGGCGGAGGCGUCGAGGCUGCGGUGGACUUCUAUGGGCGCACAUCACCUGCCCAGUUCGGGGCUCUAGGUCCCUGCUACAACCCUGGAGGGCAGCUGGGCGCCGGCAGUGGAGGCUCCUACCACGCUCGGCAUACAGCCGCCUAUCCUGGCGGGGUGGAUCGGUUCGUGUCCGCCAUGUGA